CAAAGUCGCCGUCCCCCCCGGCCACCCCGGACCUCGGCUCGGCUGCCUCACACCCAGAUGCGCGCGCCUCCCCCGAUGCGGCCCCAGCCCACCUAGCCCGCGGCGGCGGCGGCCAUGAAGCGGCCGCUGCGGGGACCCUUCGCGGCGCUCCUCUUCCUCGUCCUCUGCGGGGCGCUCUCCUUCCCCUCCGCGCUCCGCCGGGCGCUCGCCCCGCCCCCCGUGCUCGCCCCGCCGCACCGCCUCGAUCCGGCGCGCCUCAACGCCACGCUCCUCCGCCUCGCCGCCGUCGACGGCUCCGAGCCCUCCCUGCGCCGCGACGUCGACGACCUCCUCGAGGGCCGCCUCCCGGUCUCCUCCCGCGCCCGCGCCCGCGCCUGGCGCCGUGACAGGCUCCACCCGCUCCACCUCCGCCACCACCACCAGUUCCCCGUCCACCGCCGCGGCGGCGACCACCACGACCCCCUCCUCCACCCGCUCCCGCGCGAGGGGCUCCUCCUCGACCCCGCCCUCCGCCGCGGCCUCCGCGCCUGGCACCGCCUCCGCCGCUACGACCCAUCCGUCCUCCUCUCCCUCCCAUCAACCCUCUCCCUCCCCGCCCGCAUCCCCUCCUGCGCCGUCGUCGGCAACAGCGGCAUCCUCCUCCGCCACCCCCGGGGACCCCUCAUCGACUCCCACCACGCCGUCUUCCGCCUCAACAACGCGCGCGUCGCCGGCUACGCCGCGCACGCGGGGGCGAAAACCAACCUCUCCUUCAUCAACAGCAACAUCCUCCACCUCUGCGCGCGCCGCCCCGGCUGCUUCUGCCACCCCUACGGCGACGCCGUCCCCAUCCUCCUCUACAUCUGCCAGGCCUCCCACUUCCUCGACGUCGCCGCCUGCAACGCCUCCUCCUCCGCCACCCACGCCGCCCCGAUCUCCGUCACCGAUCCCCGCCUCGACGUCCUCUGCGCCCGCAUCGUCAAGUACUACUCGCUCCGCCGCUUCGUCGCCGAGACGGGCCGCGCCGCCGAGGACUGGAACGCCGCGCACGACGCCGCGCUCUUCCACUACUCCUCCGGGAUGCAGGCCAUCAUGGUCGCCGUCGGAGUCUGCGACAGGGUCAGCGUCUUCGGCUUCGGGAAGGCCGCCGACGCCAAGCACCACUACCACAGCAACCAGAAGAACGAGCUUGACCUACACGACUACGAGGCCGAGUACGCCUUCUACCGGGACCUCGCCGACCGACCGCAGGUAGUCCCCUUCCUCAAGGACACCGGCUUCACGGUCCCCCCCGUCGUCUUCUACCAUUAGGCCGUCAGCUUCCCUAGAGUGUGAGUGAGGUCAAUGUGCUCGACGUUAUGUUCAGCGCGUGCUUUUUUAUUUUGGACCUGCUUAUAGGGAUGCCCAGUGUAAAAUGUGCUCUGCGAGGUGGGUUAUUUAUUGUGAUUAGAUGAUAGAAGAAUUCAGAUAGAAUCGGAGCUGCAAUUGUACAUUAGUAAGAUUUAGGAUACUCCAUUGCUGCUAUAGGAGAGAGGUUCAUUGGCUUUUUGUUUAGCUCGGACUGGAAGUGUAAUUUCAGACUCAUGGUAUUUUA